AACCCGUUCAAUUUGAUCCGUUCGUUCGCGAUCGACACAUCACACAUGUCUAGAUUCAUUCAUUUUUGGAAAAAAGUAUAAGUAAAAACGAUUAGUUGGGAAUAUAUUAUAAUACAAUAAUGGCAGUCCGAGCACAGUUUGAAAACAACAACGAAAUAGGGGUAUUCAGCAAGCUGACAAAUUCCUAUUGUUUGGUUGGAAUUGGUGCUUCGGAAACAUUUUACAGUGUAUUUGAAUCAGAAUUAUCUGAUAUCAUACCUGUUAUCCAUGCAUCUGUUGCUGGAUGUCGCAUUGUUGGUCGUAUGACAGUUGGCAACAAAAAUGGGUUACUAUUACCUAAUUCUACUACUGACACUGAAUUGCAACAUAUACGCAAUUCGUUGCCCGACAAUGUCAAGGUACAGCGUGUGGAAGAACGUUUAUCUGCGCUUGGAAAUKUAAUGGUGUGCAAUGAUUAUGUAGCACUAGUUCAUCCUGAUUUGGAUAAGGAUACAGAAGAGAUACUUUCAGAUACUUUAAAUGUUGAAGUAUACAGACAAACUGUGGCAUCCAAUUGUUUAGUAGGUUCAUACUGCGCUAUAUCUAAUCAAGGAGGAUUAGUACAUCCUAAAACUACAGUGGAAGACCUUGAUGAAUUGUCUGGUCUGAUUCAAGUUCCCCUUGUCGCUGGAACAGUAAACCGUGGCUCAGACGUUGUAGGAGCUGGUAUGGUUGUGAAUGAUUGGUGUGCUGUUUGUGGUACAGAUACUACAUCAACAGAAAUUUCUGUUAUCGAUAGUAUAUUUAAAUUAGAUCCAGAUGGUGUACACAAAAUGAAAAAACUUAAAGGUCCACUUAUUGAUAGUAUUAAAGCUUCAUAAUCAUUAAUAAUUAUAAAACACUCUUUAUGUUAAUACUAUUUAUAUUGUCAAUGUACUUUAAUAAUAAUAAUA